AUUCCACCCUGAUUUCCUGCUUACGCGUGAGUUUACCGCUGGAGGUCAUAGAAUAGGAUUUACGACUGGUCAACAAAAACACGUGACUCUAAGCCGUACCCCAUAUUUGGGAGUCUACGUAAGGGAGCAUUAAGUCUGUGUCUCACUCAUUUCCAUAUUUCAUCAUAAAUUGUGCAAGGGUGCAAUAGAAGCUCAAAACCAUCAAGAGACACAAAUCAAAAACACACGGCAGAAUUGUUAUUUCCAUAAAGGUACCUGUAGUAACUAAAAAUUAUUAUAAGGUAAUUGUCAACAAAUGAGCUCUUAUUUUGUGAACUCAUUUUGCGGUCGCUAUCCAAAUGGCGCGGACUAUCCCUUGCAUAACUAUGGAGAUCACAGCUCUAGCGACCAAUGCCGAGAUUCUACCGGCAUGCAUUCGGGCAGGUAUGCUUUUGGCUACAAUGGAAUGGAUCUCAGCACCGGGCGCUCUACCACCGGACACUUUCUCUCAUCCGGUGAGCGAACUCAAAGCUACACAGACAGUCCAACUGCGACGCCUGUCCGGUACAAUCAACCGGUUACCGCGAGCAGCGCUGAGCCGUCCUCUGACCCUCUCCCGUGCUCAUCCUUAGCCAAAUCUCCUGUCAGCGAGCAGUCACACCGCGCUCUGAAAACCUCACUACCGAGCACCGCUGGUUCUACGACCAACAGCGUAGGUACGGUUCUCAGUCGCGAGGACGCCUCUAAAGCGUCCGGCAAUAUGGAGGAAGAAAAACCACCGGGAAGUUCGCAGACAGCUUCACAGAAUACAUCCGAGGCACCGCAGAUUUAUCCAUGGAUGCGAAAACUUCAUAUAAGUCAUGACAGUUUGGCCGGACCAGAGGGGAAAAGGCCCAGGACAGCCUACACACGCUACCAGACACUUGAGCUUGAGAAGGAGUUCCACUUCAACCGGUACCUGACACGUCGCCGACGAAUUGAGAUUGCACACACGCUCUGUCUCUCAGAGAGACAAAUCAAAAUAUGGUUUCAAAACCGGAGAAUGAAAUGGAAAAAGGACAACAAGUUGAAGAGUAUGAAUAUGGCGGCUGCAGGAAGCGGAUACCGGCCGUAAAAAUGUGUAUUGUAUAUGUGCAUAUAUAAAUCAAAUCUGUUAGUAUUUGAA